CCAUCUCCCCAUCUCCCUCGCCUGCCCGCUCACCAUCCGAAGAAAGGGCAGAGGAAGAGUAUAAGGAUGAUGAAGCUGUACGAAAGUUGCCUAAGAUCAAGAAGAAGACUAGGCGAGCUGAGGAUGCGGGAGACGAGGGGAGAAAGGUGAAGAGGCGGAAGCGGGAGCGGAGGGAGCGCAGUCCCCGCACCGGGGGGGAAGAGGGUGCAGAGGAACCAGCUCCAGUUCCACUUACGGAGGGAGAGAGACGCAGGCAGGAGCUUGAUCAGCAGCUUGAUGCGAUCAUCAAACAGCCGAAGGGGAUGAGGCGCCGGAGGAGGAAGCAGGAUGGGGAUGACACAUUUGCGGAUGAUGAGGUCGUUAAGCUCAAGGAACAGAUGAUAACUGCAGCCUUAGAGGAUGAGGAGAGCAUCAUGGAGCAUAGGCCUGCGCUGCAGAAGCUCAAACUCCUGCCUGGGGUGAUGGAUAUUUUACAGAGGCAGAGCUAUCAAAGCGCAAUCCUCGAAAAUGGACUGCUCGAAGCUGUCACACGCUGGCUCGAACCAAUCAAGGUCGAUAAGUCCCUCCCUGCGCUCAACAUCCAGAACGCCCUCUUCAGCGUCCUCCCAAAGAUGUAUAUCCCGACUGACGAUCUCCGUCACUGCGACUUGGGCAAAGUGGUUCUUUUUUACACGAAGAGCCCGCGGGUGCAGGAACACAUCAAACGUGCUGCGGACCAGCUUGUGGACGCGUGGAGUCGCCCAAUCAUCCGACGAAGCGCCAACUACAGGGAUCUCAACAUCCCACUUGCUGCGUCCGAGGCCGCCCGCAGCGGUCAGCUCAGCCUGGCCAAGAUCCUCGCUGAAGGCAAGCAGGUCGACAAGCAGAGUCGGAGGAUCCGAAUUCCUGAGCGCAAUAUGGGCGUGUAUACUGUUGCCCCGAGGCCGCAGUUGCUCCCGGAGAAUAGGGCGGGUGAGGCAGAGGAGGCUAGGGAAAGGAGGAGGAGGGAGCAGGAGAGGCUUAGGAGGUUGCAGAAUAAGCUCAAGAUGGCGAAGCAGGCUAAUGCCAGGGUGUAGAAGUGAU